AUGGGCGGAGCACCAUCUAUUCCCACAGAUCCGUCGCGGAGGAUCCAGGUCAUUGGGGCUGGCUACUCGCGGACAGGGACCGUUUCCCUGCAACUUGCUCUAGAGAAACUCCUCAACGGCCCUGUGAUGCAUGGAGGAACACAGAUACUGCGCCGAGAAGAUGCAUACGUAAAGAAGCUGGUCCAAGCAUACAGAGCCAGACAUGAACGAAAUCAUACAAGGCUUCGCAAUCUUUUAGACGAGGUUUUCACUGGUUUCGUGGGUUGUACUGAUAUUCCGCCGAUUGACUUCAUUCCUGAGUUGAUGGAGCUGUACCCCGACGCAAAAGUUGUGUUGAUCACGCGUGACCCAAAAAGGUGGGCAGCGAGCAUCGAAUGCGUGCGGAAGGAAGUAUCAAAAUGGUGGAUACCAUAUUUGAUGUGGCCCAUUCCGGGCUGGCGAUUUUUUCCAACCUUGCUUAAAGAGUUCGAAAAAACGGCCAUUCGCAUCAUAGGGGCCUAUCACGAGCACUCUGACCCCUCCCUGGCGUUGCUUCAUAAUUGGAAUCGUUCUGUGCAGGAACUGGUUCCGAAAGAAAAGCUUCUAAUCUUUCGACUCGAAGAGGGAUGGGAUCCGCUUUGCAAAUUCUUGAACGUAGACGUCCCGAAUGAGCCUUUUCCGAACGCAAACGAUUCCGCUGCAUUGGAAAGGACGGCGCAAGAGAUUACUACCAAAGUCCUGGUAUUUUGGGGUAUGGCUGUAGGGGCCACAAGCGCUGUCUCUUUCAUCUUGUGGAAUUUCUGGACGGCUAGAUAA